UAUUUUAUGCCCUUUUUGAAUUUUCCACCAAAGGAAUUGAUUUACGAAAGAAGAUGUCUGCCUUUCAGACUCUGGCCAGAACGCUGACAACGGUGAGUAAAUCUGAGGAACAGGACUUGUACAGCAAGUUGGAAAAACAGACCAAUGACAUAAGGAGGUCGCUGACCAACUUUCGGACGGCUGUUACUGGACUUAGGGACGCGAUGAACACAGUCAGUGUCGCGCUGGCAGGUUCAAUUUCCACACUGAAAGCGAGAGACGAAAAGCUUGCAUAUUUCCUUCACGAAGUUGGCACCAACAUUGCUAAUUACGAAAGGGCGAUGAAAGCCUACAGCGUUGAUUCCGUUGAGAAGUUCUUCACGGAUGUUGAGAAAAGAGCGUUUGACCUAAUCCCGAUCUGGCAGACGAUUACGAAGGAAAGGCUCAUCGAACUGGUCACCCCAGCUUCGAAGUUUCGAUAUAAGAUCACCAGCUAUGUUCGUGGGAGUGUCGUCUUGAUUGACAUCCUGCGUAAGAUCGAUGGCACGAAGUCGGAUUUGAAGAGCAUCCAGCAGACUUAUGAUGCUGUGAUUGCUGUUCGGACGGAUGUACCUGUAUUAGCUAAAAUGAUAGACACCCAAGGAAAAACUUUGCUACCAAUGCUGCGAUCACUGGACAAGACCAUUGGCGCCCUCUAUUAUCUGAUCCCAAAAGUACAAAAGGCAACUGAUGAUUUCCUUCAAGAGCUUGAUACGUUUCUCAAUGAUUUGGUGAAGUUUAAUAAAACUCUCACGAUCGACCAUACCAUGGUACGGCAAAAUAUUCUAGCCCUUCAAGUGUUUUACCAGAGUCUUAGCCUAACCGAAGUUAUCAAGUCACCGGCUUACACCUGGUUUUCAUUGUUAUGUGAUAUUGGUGGUACAGCUGGCCUGUUCCUUGGCGGCUCAUUCCUCACUAUACUGGAGAUAUUUUACUUCAUCGGAAGAAACAUCAAGACGAAUCAUGCAGCGGCCAACACCAAAGCGAAUAGAAUCUUGAGUAGAAUCUCUGCCAUGGACACUGAACAGCCAUACAGCACUGGUUACAGCGAAGAAGAAAAGGGAAGAAGAUAUUCUGCUAUCUUCUCCAUCACUUCCAAAGUGUCUGGCUACACGGAUUUGGAGAAGACAUCUCACGCUUAGCUGAAAUGCACUUUUUAACUAACAUCUCCAGGAUGUUGUUACUUACAAUAAUGUAUAAAAAUAUUACAAGUUCGUGAAAACUUGGGCAGUGCUUUUAAAGGAAUGAAAGAGGAGUUUUGGAAUUUCUGAAGUUACAUAAAUGUCGUCUGCAUCGAUUUUGGUCAAUUAUAAACUAAUCAAAUUUGCUUAUUUUCACGUAAUGUACAUUAUACCCGCACUAUUUGUUAGUGUUUUUUCAUAUAGUUAUCACCAGCUUUGGUAAGAACUACACUAACAAAUGACAUGCUAUUGUAAAUGUUUGAAACCACGUCACGGCAUUGCAGCACCACAUUUGUUGUUUAAUGUUAGAUAUCAGAACUAGCAAGCAUUAUUCCGGCGUCAUGUUGUUAAGUUCCCGUUAUUGUAUUUGAUACGUUCCACCCCACCCUACCUAGUACAUAGUUUGUGUGUUAAGAACUACAUUGCACCACCACAGAGUUAAGUGUACUACAUUCGUCCCUUAAGAGUAUUGUGGUUUGUACUUAGUGUUUUCCUUUACCAGAAAAACAAAGAUCAUUCACCAUUUUCGCAUUCGACUUUCCAGCCUAGGUCGAAAAUAUCAAGAUUAUACUGUAAUUUAAUCCUGUCUGCAUGUACAUUAUUUAUAAGAUCCCUGAAAGAUUUUUGGUUCUCAGAUCUUAGCUAGGAAUGGUAUAAGAAUCUUUUCGGUACUUUCGACAUUCAAAGGCCCACCUUACCUAACACAGGCCAGCCUGCCUAUUUCAAAGACAUUUCUUUUUUGUAAUAUUUGAAGUAUCCCGGGGAGGUCACCUGUUAGUUUUGUUCAACAGGUGCAGCAAUCAAGAAGCACAGUCGUCUUCAAAUAAAAUGACAAGGUGAAUUGAUAUGUACAACAUAGGUAUAGCUUUAUUUCAUUUCAAUUUAUUAAGUUCCUCAUAUAUUAUAUGUAUAAUCGCUUGAGUCUUAAACUAUAAAUAAAUGCAAUCAGCAACUGUCAUGCCAGUGUUAUGGUUCUUCAAUCAAGUUGUUUUGUCCUAUCUGUUGUGAACAGUCUUCCAGCAGGCACGAUGGCCUUACUUGCUAGCGUCAGGCAGGGAAUUAAGGAGCUGCAUGCUUGGUACCUAAAUACUCCGAAUAUUUUUUCACUUGUUUUUUUCUGCUCAAAAUGAAAAAACAUCAUCAGCCCCAAAGCUUUUUUUGCUUUGAAACUUUUUCAGAAUCAGAAGGAUGAAAAAAUGUCGGAGUCCAAAUAUUUUUUUCACUUGUUUUUUUUCUUCUCAAAAUGAAGAAACAUCAUCAUCAGCCCCCCAAAAAAUUUGGCUUCGAAAAAUUUUCAGAAUUUUGAACUUGUGAAAAAAAAAUAG